GGCCGAUCCAUCUGGCACCGGCGCCAUGGCCUCCGGAGGGGAGAGCCCUGGGGACGUUUCUUCGGACUGGGCCAGCGCCAGCCUCAUCGAUCUGACCUCCCCAGAGCUUGCAAAAGCCGGCGUUUCUAUGAUGGACAGCGGCGAAGACUUUGAAGUUCUGGAUGACGAAGAAGAGGAAGACAUGAGCGGCCUUCCUCCGCUGGAGGAUGUGCCCACCGGCAAGACGACGGCAGCUAAAGACGAAGCCCGAGGAUCCGUGUCGGAGCAGCCUGCCAUGGGAGGCGCUGAGGCUGUGGAGGAGUGGAUGGACGUACUGGGGAGCGGUUUGUUGAAGAAGAAAGUCCUCGUGGCGGGUCAAGGCAGGGAGACCCGGCCGGUUAAGAACCAGGAUGUCACCAUUCGAUUAAAAACCACGUUGGAGGACGGCACGGUGGUGGAGGAGAACCCUAGCCUCACCUUCACGCUGGGCGAUUGCGAUGUCAUCCAGGCCCUGGACUUGUGUGUGCAGCUGAUGGAGAUGGGGGAGACUGCCCUCAUCCAGUCGGAUCCGAAAUACUGCCACGGCUCCCAGGGCAGGAGCUCGGACAUCCCUCCGGAUGCGGCCCUCACCCUCGAAGUGGAGCUGCUGGCAGCGCGGGACGCCCCUGACUUGGAGCUGCUCAGCGGGACGGAGAAGGUGGAGCUGGCCAACCGCAAGAGGGAACGCGGCAACUUCCACUACCAGCGAGCGGAUUACGUGCUGGCCAUCAACUCCUACGACACUGCCCUGAAGGUCAUCGGCUCCAGUUCCAAAGUCGAGUUCAGCCCCGAGGAGGAGGCCGAGCUGCUGGACGUGAAGGUGAAGUGUCUGAACAACUUGGCACACAAUGUCCUGGCUCAGCAAGGGGAGUACAGUGAGGCCAUCCCUAUCUUGAAAGCUGCGUUGAAGCUGGAGCCAUCCAACAAGACCAUCCACAUGGAGCUCUCAAAGCUGGCAAAGAAGCACGCCGACCAAAAGAGCGUGGAGACUGAGAUGUACCGCAAGAUGCUGGGGACUGCUGGUUCCAGCGGACCCCCUGCUAAGUGUAAAGAUAAGUCCUCCCGGGCGAUUCCUUGGAAGUGGCUGUUCGGUGCCACCGCCGUGGCCCUGGGCGGCGUGGCCUUGUCGGUCGUCAUAGCGGCCAGGAACUAGCGCUAUUGCCCGGCGAGCGCACUUUGGCGAGCAAGGCCCUGAGACCACCCCCCCCUUUCUACCUGUAUCUGGCCCUCGACGAUCACUACACAGCUCGGACUGUUAGGCUGGCUGGGGACGGGUUGCGCAGGGCCUUUACUUCCUCCACCCCGGAAUGCCACUGGAACCGUUCCACCGGAGCGGUCCCCUCCUGGUGACAGUGAAGGCCCAGCAUCGUGUGGCCGCUGGGUGGAAAGCCAAGGGGUUGGGAAAAGGCCUAGUGGGGAUAUUUGGGGGGAGGGAGCAAGAAAACUGGACCCACGUGCCUCUCCGCACCUUGGACAUGCUGCACAAUCUUUUGGGGCGUGGGGGCAGGUGUCUCAUUUCCUCUUCCCUACCUUCCCCAACCCCCCCUCCCUUCUUAUUUCUGCUCAACUUGUCCUUUGUUAAUCCCCUGCGUGGAGAGAGAGAAAGAGAAGAGUGUUGCGAGAAUCGAGCCCAGCGGGGAGACGUAAAAGGAGGAGAAGCCAGUGGCUGCUGGGGGAGGGAGAGGCAAGACGUUAGAGGCUGGUGGUUGCAUUUGGCUUUCAUCCUGGGGAGCUUUGGGGGCUGUUCGGGGCUACUAGGGCAACUCAGGGCUGACUAACAGCGCCCGUCAAUACCUUUUUCGGGGAGGAGGGUUGUUUUUCGGUACGUUCUCUUACAAGGCCCCUGCCGUACAGGAGCAAAUAGAUUAAUGCUGGAGGUGGUUCCCGCUUUUGUCUUUGGUUGCCUCCCCAUCCUGCAAGAUGAACCGUUCCCCCCCCCUUUUCCGCACAACAUGCUGUUGGAGUGGGCCCGUUGCCCCCCUGUAGAAAGUCACACUGCCGAGGUUCUAAAUCCAGUUGGUCCCCUCCACCCCCACCCCCCCGGAACCCCUGCCUGCCAAGAUUGCACAGUUGCAUC